CGUUGGCCCAUCCCACCUUCCUUACGGCGAUACCAAGAACCUUUAUGAUACGUAGCUCAGGCUUGUUUUUAAGUAUUACAUUAGCCAGGCCAGCCGCUCUAAAUAAAUAAAGUAGCUAGGCAUGCGCUUCUUUCUUACUUCUACUUCCCAAGCCCAACAUUUUAUCUCGCAACUCUUAUUCUUCUCCUCUUCCUCGUGUAACCUUACGCCUAAAGACAUCUAUAGACCACCAACUAGACUUUUAUUUCAUACAACUGCAUUUACCAAAAUGCCUACCUACAUUGUUACCUGCAAGGCGUCUGCUAGCGACGAGGAAGUGGCCGCAGCAAAGAAGCAUGCUGAGGAGCAGGGUGGUAAGAUCGGCCAUGAAUACAAGCUUAUCAAGGGCUUCUCGGUCACGUUUCCUAAUGACGCCGUAACGACAUUGGAAUCCCACGAGCAUGUUCAAGCGGUUGAGUUGGACCAGGAGGUGAAAACUCAAUAAUUGACUCGAGGACGCGAUGAGGGGCAAUUAGGCACUGCAAAGGUCACUUGAAUGAUAUGAUACGAUACGAGGGGUCGGGCUAUGGAGCCACGGGUACCACCUAAGGAUAGACCAGAAAGCUUGACUGGACUUGGCUUAUGCAGCUCUUAAGAAUAGUAGAUGGAUAUUUCUUAAAUCUAUUACCUAAACGAUCCAGAUCUCAUAUUUAUAAUUGAAAUGCGAAGUUUUACGAUUUCA